UUUUUCUCUUUCUUCUUCUUCUUCUCCUUCUUCUUUUCUGAGUCCCAGUGCCCUGCAGGCCUGUCUCUGGGUGUCUCCUGAAGGCCAGGGCAACCUGUCCUGGUUGAUAUCAUCUUUGGAAAUUUCACACAGGAGCCGACUUUGUGCUCAGGUAUUUCAGGAUCGCCCUGGGAGGUCUGCUUUACAGAAGUUAACAGCCUGACUGGGGCAGGGAAAUGCUAUUCCUCAGAAGCCAUUUGGGACACCUUCUACGUUGGGGUAUUCUGUAUAGACCAAGCAGGGCAUGUAAUAACUGCUCAGACGGGUCUGGAAAGGCAAGAGUUCCUUUACGGGGACGAUUCGGACUAGAUCUAAGCAGACAUGACUGCCGGUGAAAGAUUUGUCAGCCGCCAGAAAAUCAGGUAACAACGCCUUUAAACCCACUUCUUCCUGUGAUGGCACUAUUCCUUCCUACGCUCCCCUUGGGGAAGGUAGGCCUGCCCUGCCCACGGUGGCAAGGAAGUAGCGCGGUAUGGAAAUGCCACGCCUGGGUUCAGUGCCUGUCUCCCAUUCUCCUCUCUCCACGGGAUCCUGCCUGCUCCUGCCGGUCUGGCAGGUGGACACGGGCCGGGGUCUGCGGUUGAGCCAAGCGGGUGCAGCGCCGGCCGUCGGAAAGGUGUGGAGGGAAAGAGGUGUCUGGCUAACAUGUGCACGACCGGGAGGGCGGCCCCCGGCCCGCCGGGCGACCUUGGGGGAGCGGGCUCCGUCUCUGGGCGAAGGUGUGCAGUUCCCGCUACCUGCCGGUCCGGCGGCGCUCUGGCUUCCUCUCCCUUUUCCGGCGGCCCUUUGCCAGGUCGGCCUAAGCUGCCUUCUCCCAGGUGAGCUGGUGGUGAGGGCUCCGUUUGGACCGCCAGGCCCAGGCGGACCCUGAGGCUAAGGCGCGCAGGGGAGAGGCUACGCGGGACGCACAGGUGGGGAGCCCAGGUGGGUGGCGUGCCGCUCACCCGGCGCAGGGCGCACACCCGCCUCGCUGCGGGUUAGCAGAGGUCACGCCACCGCGGCCGCAGGAGGGGCCAGGGCGCACCCCGGAGCUGGGAACCUCCCUCCCUACGAUGAUCACUUCCCGGCACCGCGCCUCCCAGCUCCUCCCGCUGAUCCCUCUCCAGCCUGCAGGAUUCUGGAGGUGGGGUCGGGAGCGGGGAGUCUUUGGCGGCACGUCGGGUAAAUGUGGGCACCCCGCGAAGACAGGUAGGCCUGGGCUAGGACCUCUGAGAUUCGUGGUCGCCGUCCCCGCCGAGCCUCAUCCGCUCCCACCUUGUGUCUUCCUUGUAGCCCAACGGGGGGAUGCUGGCCCUGUUGUUCUGCGGCGUGUCCAUCGCGCUUCCACCCUUUGUCAGAGCAGAUGCAUGCAAGGAUAUUAGAAUGUACAAGGAGACACCUUCCGCCGGCCAGCCUUUUGCUUUUAAUUGUAUAAACCUGUCACCAAUGUCCGGGAAAGUACAUGUAACAUGGUAUAAAUAUCCUGGCAAAAGCCCAAUAUCCACAAAUGCACAGUCCAGAAUUCACCAGGAGCAAAACUGGAUUUUGUUUCUCCCCCUGACACAGGAGGACACUGGGAUCUACCAAUGUGUCAUAAACUAUACAAACACCUGUCACAGAAUCCAUGUAAACCUAACUGUGUUAAGAAAAUAUUGGUAUUGUUUUUCUGGAAACAGUCAACUGAUUUUAUCAGAUGAAUACAAACAAAUAUUACAUGCCGGAAAAGACGACAGUCUUACCUGUCAUCUGAACUUCCCACAGAGUUGUGUUUUGGAUUCAAUAACAUGGUACAAGGACUGUAAAGAGAUUAAAGGAGGACGGUUUACUCGUUGGAGAGUUAAGCUCUCAGUGAGCAACGUUUCAGCAGAGGACGGAGGGGACUACGCAUGUCAAGUCCAAAUGACACACACAGGGAAGCGGUACACUAUUUUAAACAGCAUCACUGUGAAUAUCACAGAAACACAUGGAUAUGCAGGAAGAAUUCCUAAAAUCAUUUACCCAAAAAACAAUUCAAUUGAAGUACAACCUGGCACUACCCUUACUGUAGACUGCAAUAUAACAGACACAAGGGAUAAUACAAAUCUCCGAUCCUGGAGAGUCAAUGACACCUUGGUGGAUGAUUACUACAAUGAAUCCAAACGAAUCAGAGAAGGAUUUGAAUCUCACAUUUCUUUUCAGAAACAUAUUUUUUACACAGUGAACAUAACCUUCUCAGAAGUGAAAAUGGAAGAUUAUGGCCAUCCUUUCAUUUGCCAUGCUGGAGUGUCGGCAGCGUACUUUAUUUUAAAACUCCCAGCCCCGGAUGUUCAAGCUUACUUGAUAGGAGGGCUUGUCACCCUGAUAGGCGCAGCAGUGUCUGUCACAUACAUCUACAACAUUUUUAAGAUUGACAUUGUACUCUGGUAUCGAAGUGCCUUCCUUUCUACUGAGAUCAAAGAAGAUGGGAAGCUGUAUGAUGCCUAUGUCUUGUACCCCAAGCCCCAAAGAGAAAUCCAGAGUCCUGAGGUGGACACACUGGUGUUGAAGAUUCUGCCCGAGGUGCUGGAGAGGCAGUGUGGAUACAAAUUAUUUAUAUUUGGUAGGGAUGAAUUUCCUGGACAAGGAGUGAAGCUUUGGGCUAUGCAGGCAACCUCUCUGAACCUCAGUUGUCUCAUCUGUCAAAUGGGGAAGAGAAUGCUUCCCUGACUUGGCCAAGAGAAUGAAAUGAGGCAAAACCUGAGCGGAGACCAGUAUGGAGCUUAGCACAUAUGAGACAUUCAGCAGAUAAAAGUUUCCCUUUUGACCUACAAAUUUUCCUUCCUGGAACUCUAUACAAUAAAUGGCUGAAUUUUGAAAUAAACAUCCUUUACUGGUCAAAAGGAAACCAAAAUUACUUUACAACAUUUGCUAGUGGCCUGUUCUGGGUCGUUUGCAAAGGUUGCUAAGUACUUUGGAUUUGUAGGCUGCUCAUAUCCAUGGUGAGCUACAACUAUAUCUCAGCCCUCAUCUUCUCAAGUCAUAAAAUCAUCCUCCAUGAGGAAAUGAAAAUUUGAUCUAACGCUUGCCAUAAACAUGUGGGAGAGCUAAGAUUUCAUAAGCACAUUCUGUCGCUUACUUACUCAGCAAAAUAUUUAUUGAGCGCCUACUAUGUGCCAGUUAAUAUUCUAGGCACUAGAAAUAUAAAAAUAAACCAAAGGGAAGAAAAACAUGACCUUGGGAAGGCCACAAUCUGUUUUUAUAUUCUAGGAAUAAGGAGGAUAUAAAAAUUAAUCUUUAUUGCUAAAAAAGACCAAGUUGCAUCCAUAGCUGGAUAUUUCAAGAACUCUCCCCAAGAAAUCAUCAGGGGAUGUUAUUCAUUUUCACAUUAGUUCUAUAAGUCCUGGGCCUUUAAGUAGCUGUGAAGCACAAAAGGAAAACACCGAUAAAGAUUAAUACAAUGUUUGAGCUAUCUACAUUUUCCCUAUCCUUUUAAAAUCUAUUUAUUUAAAAAAUGUGUUAAUCAUCUAAUAUAUGCCAGCCCUUCGGCUAAGUUGGAGAUAUCAACUUGGGGAUGAUAAAGCCCUUGUUCGGAGUAGUUCACAACGUGGAGCCUGAGGAAAGUGACAGCUAACCACCAAAAAAUAAGACUUAUGAAUACCAAGGACCAAUUUUUCAGGGAAAGUCAGGAAGGUUUCACAGAGGAUGCGAUAAAUGUUUGGAAAA